UCCAAGCUACCAUAAAAGCUGGUUGUCGUCCUCAGCAACAACAACCCAACGACUUCGUCUUGACUGCAAAGAUGAGAUUUGGUCUUCUCUCGUUGCUCCUCCUCUGCGGGAUCAGUGAACUGCUGACCGGAGCCUGGUCUAGGCCUACCAAAGAAGUUCAAGUCCACAAUAGCUGCCCGAAAGGGUGGACUCAGUUGGACUGCAACUGUUACCUCUACCAGGAUGAGGGCAGAACCUUUGCAGAUGCUGAGAGCGUCUGCAACAUUCUUGGUGGGAAUCUUGUUUCCAUUCACAGCGCCUUGGAAAAUUCAUUUGUUCUCGAACUAAUUCGACAGAGUAGUAAGAAAGAUAAAACCUGGAUUGGACUUCAUGAUGCAAUUGAGGAUAACGACUUCAUAUGGACUGAUGGCUCAGAUGUUGAUUUCCUUCGCUUUGAUGACCACGAGCCUAACGGUUCUGGUCCCUGCGUACAGAUUGACGAACGUAAUGGCUUUUGGGAGGAUGCGUACUGCGCAGAUGAGCUCUCGUAUGUUUGCAUCAGAGAUGUGCCCUACUACAAGCUGAUACACUAAUCGUAUUCUCAUAUUUUACAAUGGAGAGCAUUGCUCUAAUCAAG